AUGUCUGAUAGGCCUAAGUCUAACGUUAAAGGAUUGCUGCAGCGCAAUAAUGAUGGUGAGACCAUCAUUGUAGCAGAGGGGUACAUUUUUGCUUUUGAGCGUCUAGGCUACCUCAAAGCCGGGCCGUUCACCCCUGAAGUUGUAGUGGACCAUCCCGUGCUUGUACGACAGAUGUACAAGGACUUCGUGCGCGCAGGAAGUGACGUAGUCCAAGCCUUUACGUAUUAUGGGAAUAGACACAAGAUGGGAGUCGUCGGCCGAAGCGACGAACUCGAAAAUCAGAAUCGUCUCGCUCUUAAGAUGGCCCGAGAGGUCGCCGAUGAAACUGGAACACUGAUGUGUGGUGAUCUGAGUAACACAUUCGUCUACCAAUCCUGUAAUGACGAAGCUAUAAAGAACACAAAGGAGAUGUUCAAGGAGCAAGUUGAGUGGGCCGUUGACGAAGGGGCCGAUUACAUAGUAGGUGAGACCUUUGGGUACGUCGGAGAGGCACUACUUGCAGUCGAGUCCAUCAAGAAAUAUGGAAAAGGAGUCCCUGCUGUUGUCACGCUGUCGUCACACGUGAAAUGCGACGAAGAGGGUCGAACUUGCACUCUCGAUGGGGUCGAAAUGAAUGAGGCGCUUCGACAGCUGGCCGAGGCAGGGGCUGAUGUAGUUGGAUUCAACUGCACCUGCACACGGGGGCCAGAGACCAUCAUGAAAUUGGUCGAGAGUGCCUCAAAAGCUGGACUAAAGGUCCCAUUAGCUGUUCUCCCUGUGGUUUACAGAACGGCAGACGAGUACCCAUCUUUCCUUUCUCUCCCGGACCCAAAGACAGGUGAAAGAGCCUUCCCCGAUAUGGACUGCCUCUUGUGCUCACGAAGAGAAAUCGUCGCGUUCGGGCAACACUGUGCCAAGCUGAAAAUACCGUACGUGGGGCUAUGCUGCGGCAACGCCCCUCACUACACACGAGCUCUUGCCGAAUCGUACGGCCGUCGCCCGGUAGCCUCCAAGUACUCGCCCGAUAUGACGAUGCAUGGGUGGUUGGGAACAAAGAAAGCAGUCGUCAAUGACCAUUAUUCUUCAGCCUACAAGACUUUCGAAAAGGAUAACUUUUAGUGCAGUUACCAUGUUAAAGCCCCCUCACACCUACCAAAUGUAGGCGGACGAAGGGAAAAUGCACGAAAUGCACGCGAAUUCAAAUAAAAUUUUCGUCAAAUCAUGCGAUCAGUAACUAUUGUAAAAUUAUAUCAACGAAUGGUAAGCGAAGGAUAAAUAUGACAUGCGAAGGAUAUCGAUUUUUCGGUUCACCUCUCCGAGUAAAUUGCAGCCGAAGGCGAGCGAAGGGUUGCUAUAACCCCAAAAGAUGAACGAACAGUGAGCAAUGGUUUGAUAUGGCGUGCGAUUAGAAACGAAGACGAGGGGAUAGAUCGGGCGUUUUUUGUACCUUUGUGUGCACUCCUCGGGGUGUAAAAAAGUGACCAGGUCCGACCGGAUUUCAGUACGGCCAGAGAAGUCAUCCACCUAACAUGCCAUAUUAUUCGUCUUCUCAUUCGCUCGCAUUCACAAUCCAUAGUUUGUCUUAGUAUCUCUUAGCCUUGUCUUCGCGUAUGUGUCGCUAUUAAAAUUUAGUAAAAGUUCGUAUUCGUUUCCCUUCGCAUAGAAGAUGGCAAGCGAAAAUCCGUUUGUCAUAAUAUCUUCGUUUCCAUGCGCAAACAUAUUUUGUCAUCGUGUUGUUUCGUUAAGGGUUCUUUCGAGACCGGUCCACUUUGGCAAAAGCGCGAUGAGGGACUAUGCGCGACAAUAACACACGAACGAUAAACUAACAAUUACCGCAGACUAAAUAAGAGAUGCGAAUUCAAACAGAUGACCAACGAUUUUUCAAUUCGUCGGGAAAUUUUAAACAUGUUCAAAAUUCCGCGCAAAUUUGAAUAAUCGCAGCUGUUAGUUCAGAAGUUGUACGAACCCCAACACGAAGGGUAAAUAUGAUUUACUAUCAGUUACUAUUGAAAACGAUUUUUAAUAAAAUGCCUUUCGCCAGCCAUCGCAAGGCAUAUUUCAGGCAAUUCGGUUAGGUGUAAGGGGGUCUUUAAUUUGUGAUUCGAUUGGUACUAACUUGUUGUCACGGUUUGGUCUGGUUGGUCUGGAGGCACAGAUCCAUAUUUGACACUUUGACCAAGAUUAUACCAUGUCUGGAACGAAAACUAGACGCCAAAUUCUAUAUCUGUGUCAGUUAAGUUUAUUGGUGAUACACAUUUCGAUAAUG